AAGCACUUCCGGGUGGCACGUGGCAGCGGGGCGGCUCUCGCACGUCUCACCUGUAGUAGCGUCGUCCACGCCACAGGAAUCGGCGUAGGCUUGUGCCAUGGCGUCUCGGUACGACCGGGCAAUCACUGUCUUCUCCCCAGACGGACACCUUUUCCAAGUGGAAUAUGCCCAGGAAGCGGUGAAGAAAGGAUCCACAGCGGUUGGAAUCCGAGGUACUGAUAUAGUUGUGCUUGGAGUAGAAAAGAAAUCUGUUGCCAAGCUUCAAGAUGAAAGAACUGUGAGGAAAAUUUGUGCCCUUGACGACCACGUUUGCAUGGCUUUUGCAGGACUGACUGCUGAUGCUAGAGUGGUAAUAAACAGAGCCCGUGUGGAGUGUCAGAGUCAUAAGCUUACAGUUGAGGAUCCAGUAACUGUAGAAUAUAUAACUCGCUUCAUAGCAACCUUGAAGCAGAAAUAUACACAAAGCAAUGGGCGAAGACCUUUUGGCAUUUCUGCCUUAAUUGUAGGUUUUGAUGAUGAUGGCAUCCCAAGAUUAUAUCAGACUGAUCCCUCUGGUACUUACCAUGCUUGGAAGGCAAAUGCAAUAGGCCGAAGUGCUAAAACUGUCCGAGAAUUUCUAGAAAAGAAUUACACAGAAGAUGCUAUAGCAAACGACAAUGAAGCUAUCAAAUUAGCAAUAAGAGCUUUGCUAGAAGUUGUCCAGUCUGGUGGAAAAAACAUUGAACUUGCUAUAAUAAGAAGAAACCAGCCUUUGAAGAUGUUUAGUGCCAAAGAAAUUGAAUUACAAGUAACUGAAAUAGAAAAGGAAAAGGAAGAAGCAGAGAAGAAAAAAUCCAAGAAGACUACCUAAUUCUUAGGAUGAACAUUAGGAGCCUUUAAUGUUUUGUUUUACUCCUUGGAAUUACUUAGUGAAGUUUUAAAGGAAAUAACUUGGUUUGCAGCAUUCCAUUGAAUAGUUAUAUGCUGUUUUGAGAAUGCCACAUCUGUGGCUGUCUUCAGACUGUUACAUAGACAGACUUACCUUAGUAUGAAGAUAUUCUUUGAAAAGAAAUUUCGGUAAUUGUUGAAAGCGGUCAUAAUCCCAUAUAAGCCUGAGCCUUAUUUAUGCAAACCUAAGAAAAAACUUUAAUUUUUAAGAAUUAAUAAUUUGUUGAUGUUUGAGUAUUGACUAUCAGGUAAAGAGAUAGCUAUUUCAAAAUAAACUGAAUACUGAGUCAUA